AUGGUGGCGCCGGCGUCUGUACCCUUCUGGCCAUACCAGGCUUUCUUCCUCUACAUCGAACCUGUAUCCGCUCUCGCGGGUGCCUAUUAUGCCGCCAUAAGGCCCGAUGCGUACCUACACGACUUGACGGCGCCAUACAGUCGCAUUCCCACGCCAGCGACGUCCGUGCCAUCGUAUAUGGCCAUGUAUCAGCUCGCGAACCUGUACCUACUAUUUGCGUUGAAUGAACACCUUGUCUUGUCGAGCUCUACCUCUAUGACAACAUGGCGCAGGUUAUUGUUCGGUCUGCUUGUAGCGGACAUCGGGCACCUUAUCACAAUGGCGCCAGCCGGAUCCGAGGUGUUCUGGCAGUUCUGGCGUUGGAACGCGAUGGGUUGGGGAAGCGUAGCAUUUCGGGAAACGGUCAACGAAAGGCAAACCCAAGGCGACGUGAUCGUACCAUGCAGGUUGGGCGUGCUAUUAUCAGUCUGA